UGGAAUUGUGGUACAAAUAGGCACUGUUGUAUUUAUUGCCUUUCAAAAUACUUUCCCGCCAAUACAGUCGAAAAGGAACACAAAACAUGUUUUUCAUUUUAGACAAUAUUCUUAAUAGGACCCUAACACGUGAAUCUGUCCAGCGAAACUAGUCUAAGCGAUCCUCCUCAAAUGGAGGAUAACAAGGAGCUGCUAUGUCUGAUAUGCAAAUAUUCGGACAGUGACGACCUUGUCUUCGGCGAAUGGAUGAGUGUACGCAAUUUGCAGGUACACUAUUUUUGCCUGCUCCUCUCAACUCAUUUGCCGCAGCGCGGCGGCGAUUGCAGCGGAAUCCUAGGCUUUCUGCUUCGUGACAUCCGCGAGGAGGCAGCCGCCGCGGAGAAGAGGAUAUGUUGGUAUUGCAAUAAGAUAGGGGCCAGUUUGCAAUGCGAUCGCUGCCGAACAUUGUUUCAUUUGAAGUGCGGCCUGGAAAAUCGCGCUGUCUUCGAAUUUUGCGGCCAAUACAAAAGCUACUGCUACAGAUGCAGGCCGAUGGAUGACUACAAGCAACAGGUACAUAACAAUCCGCCGAGGAACUACACUUGUCCCAUCUGCUUCAGUUCUAUCUAUAAAGUUGAGCUCCAUUGCGUUGUGUACGGAGACUGCUGCCGCCGUGGAUUCGCCCAUAAGAAAUGCAUGCGUCAAUAUGCCCUGACUUCCGGAUAUUACUUGCGCUGCAUUUGGUGUCGUUCAGAAAGUUUCCGGGAUUCAAUACGCCUGCAGUCGGUUUUCGUGCCCGAUCGCGAUGCCACUUGGGAAAAACAACGGAACGCCUAUAGGGAGCUCCACGAGCGCAAUGUGAAAUGCGACCAGCCCAACUGUUUGUGCCCCAAUGGUAGAACCUAUAAUAGAUUAUCGUGGGUGAUUAUAUCCUGUACUUCUUGUGCCGCCACUUCUGCUCAUCUAAAGUGCUUGGUGGGCACCCUGAGACUGCCCAAGAAACACGAGCGAACAGAUUUCAAGUGCGCUAUGUGUCUGGAUGUGGAGAAGAGGAUCGCUGAACGGCCGACUCGCAACACAGAAAAAAACCAUGCUGAAAGCGACAACCAGGUGGAUAGCUCUUUUUACGUUCAAAAAUUUGGCCCCGAUGCUGCAACUCGCUCCCUAACCCAGACUCCUGUUUUCUCUGAAGACGAAAGCGAAAGAAGUAGUAAUAUCACGGUGAUAUUCAGCCAGUCGAAACCUAUUGAAACAAGCGAGAGGUUAUCCUUAUCGCCGCCACCGGAGGAUCUGAUUGUGGAAAUUCCUGAUUCGCCGCAGACGUCGCCACAGCCAUCAAUCGAUGAGCCACACUCGCCGCCACCAACAGCAUCAAACGAAAGCUCAUGCCCACCGCAGCCAACAGCAAUAAAUGAGAUGCCCGACUCACCGCAGCCAGUAUCCAGGACACCCGAGUGUAAGCAGGCACCAUGCGUAUCACAGAUUUCCGACUCUCCACAGCUGCAGGAACAAGCUGUGACAGAAGCUUUCAAGUCACCGCCAGUGCCGAAAGAGGAUCCGAAUUCUUUGCUUGUGCUAAAAUCGGGCUUUCGCUGUCCCGACGAACCAUUUUUCUACUUAGUUAUCUACGAAUUUGAGCAAGGUACAUGCAUGGGUGAGUGCACUGGUACGUGUGUACUGCGAUUUAAAGAUAAUGACCCGCGCAUUCAGGACACCUCGCAGGCAGCAUUGGAACGUCUCAAGAUAACAUCCGACGAUGUAUGGUGCCGUAGCGAGGAGCGAGGCGUCUUUGAAUACAUCAAGAAGUUCCACGAAUGGUACGGAUCAGAGGGAUUCUCUUAAAUAUUGAUUAUUCAAUUUAGAACAAUUGGAAACUUUGUGGUAGAAUUAAUUCGUCGCGGAAUUCUAGUCGAUUUAUGCAAAUAUUGUUUCGGGUGAAUUAUAAUCACAAAUUACAAUAUAUUUUCUACCUCCGAAAGACCUAUUAAAAGUUUCAAUGAUUGUUAAACUAGAGGAAGCAUGCAGUAAAUAAGUUGUGUACAUUUUUUAUGUUAUUGUAUUUAUAUUAAAAUUCUACAAUAUUAUAUAC